CUCACACUGUUCCGCUCUUCUCAGACCGAUUCACGACUUUUUCGUAUAAUGAUAACGACGGACAAUAAACGCUGAGGCUGAUUUAAUAGUGCUAGUUUAACGUAGAUUUCUGCUUGUCGCUCUAUCUUAAUAUCCACUUUCUGUGCUUUUGUGAUGUGUACUCUCUAAUAAUUCUUCUAGUAAUAAAAUAGUAGAAAAUAGUUCGAGGUAGAACCAGAUGAUAUAAUACGAGAAGACGAUGGCCCAGUUUGUGACCCAUAUCCAACCGACGUUGAUCGAGUCGUCGCAACAUCACACGCCGCAUCACCACCAUAAGGACCACCACCCUAAGGAGCACCACGGCAAAGACCACCAUCAGAAAGAGCACCAUGGGAAGGACCACCAUGGGAAGGAACAUCACCAUGGAACGUCGAAAGGCCAUAAAGGCGACCAUCAUUUCCACGAUCACCACCCAGGUCCCAGGGACUUUCCGUUCCUGCCUCCCACCCCUGCCGAACACCAUAGACAUGAACAAGAUCACCACCAUGACCAUAAAAGGGAUUCUUCUGGACAUUACGUCGAUUCCCAUGGGGUUCCUCACGCGUUCGGGAUGCAGUUCAUCGACUCCCAAGGGAUACGAAGGGACUAUCAUGGCGACGCCAUAGAAAAAGGUCACCACGAAAUCGAAAAGAGCGAUAAAGAAAAAUCAAAAAGAAGGGAUCCAAAAUCUCCGUUCAAGGAGGAGCUGGGAGGAAGGCCGAUACCACCACAGUUUAUUGACGUUCAUCCGGUGCAUUUGGAGAAUAAACUACAC